AUGGCAUCACCCCUGGUUCAGUUCAAAAAAGGACCCUCUCGCCGACCUGUCCAAUCCCGAAAGAGAUCCGCAUCACCCGUCGCAGACCCCGAUCUGUCAUCGUCCUCUACCUCGGUGGUACGUCCAGAGAAGAAGAACAUAGCCAACCCUCUAGUCCAGGGGACUAAAAGACGGCGCGAUUUGAAUGGAGAGAACAACGACGAGGGACUAGGGCUGGAUGAUUUGGAUUAUAGGGCUGAUGAGGGGUUGACUCGAAGGGCGGAUGAGCUCGCGACCAGAGCAAAUGAUUGGGAUCUCGAGCAGGAUGGUGGCGACGUGUUAAAAGAGAAGAAGUUGAAAUUGAAUGAGGAUGGCGAGCUAGACGUAGAUGAUGGAUUAUAUCGAGGAUCCUCAAACUACUUACCCACCAUCAACAAAACUCGUGAAACACUCAAUGCGAAGAUGAAAACUGGUCCUAUCAAAGCUACCAGUCAUGUACGUACGAUUACAUUGAUGGAUUAUCAACCGGAUGUAUGUAAAGACUAUAAAGAAACUGGAUUUUGUGGUUAUGGAGAUUCUUGUAAAUUCUUACAUGAUAGAGGAGAUUACCUCGCAGGUUGGCAGAUGGAUAAUUUACCUGAAGGCCAACAACAGGUUAUAGAAGAAGAGGAUGAAGAAGAGGAAGUUCCAUUUGCAUGUCUAAUAUGUAGACAACCGUUUACCAAUCCGGUGGUUACUAAAUGUGGACAUUAUUUCUGCAUGAGUUGCGCAACCAAACGAUUCAUCAAAUCACCCAAAUGUUAUGCCUGCGGUGCACCCACGUCAGGUAUAUUCAACACUGCCGAUAAGAUUCUGGCAAAGAUGGAAGCUAGGAAUAAAGCGAAGAGAGAAGCAAAAGGAAUAGUGGAUGAGGAAGCGGAAGAUGAUGGUGGGAUUGAGAUUGGUGGUGGGAGUGGGAGUGAGGAUGAACAAGAGGAAGAUUAG